AUGGUGCGACACGUCUUGCUUCGCCAUGUCAUGCGGAGUAAGGGGUGUGGUGCAGAUGCAAGUGUCAAAUGGGCCAGACAUCGCUUCUUCACUACUGGAAGCAGCUUGCUGGAAGCAUCCCAGCUACCUGCCAUGCUGUUUGAACAUACCAGCCAGGACACCAAGGUGCAGAGGUCACAGAAGCCGAACCAUCUCCAACUGGUAUUAGAUGAAGUCAACAAGCUGACGGAGAAGCUGCCUGAAAGCGAGCAGUUGGAUAGCAGACUCCAGUUACCCUACAUCGCCGUGGGUUACUUCGACGAGAAGGGUGGAAGCUUGUCCCUGGAUGAGUAUGGCGUGCACCUCACCAUCCCGCGUGGUGCACUAGCUCCAGGCUCUCCUCAGCAAGUCUACAUCUAUGUAGACCCUACUGCACCACCACCGAAUGAUGCGGUUGAGCUGACAGAGGUCGCACUUUCACAAUGUGUCAAGUGUGGCCCUAAAGGGUUGUUGUUUGCGGAAAGCGUGGUGCUUUCCUUCCCUCACCACGCUGUUUUGAUAGGUCAAAGAUGUGACAAGCUAGUUGUCAGGAAGCGUGAUGAGGACUCACAAGACGGUCAAUGGGAGGACGGAAACCCUGCAUUAGUAACUGAGAAAAUGGUAACUGUCCUGAUCGAUCGUUUCCUGGAAAAUGUUCUGGUUGGCAAACUUACCCCCGGUAGCGGUAAGCGGCUGAAGGUCGGUGCCUUUGGAUGCCGCCUUGACCCAGGAUGUCGUCAGUAUGCAUUUCGAGUACAUAUUUGGAACGACGACAAAGACAUAGAAGAGGUACGUAUAUUCUACAGAUAA